AUGGCAGCGGAAAGCGCCCAGUCGGAAUUCCAGCGCGCCUCCACCUCUGGUUCCGCUGAUGCUCCUGCGCCUGAGACUGAGACUGAAAUCCAAGAGAGUACUGAUCUCAUCCAGCAGCUCUCAGAGCAAGCCGGUCAACUCGCUGAGCAGUCAGACCGACUAUCACAACAUUCGCGAACUUCCCACCCAUUUGAGACACCACAACCCCAAAUGACAGUAAUAGCAGAUUCUAAAGAAAAUGAAGACAAUAACCCUGAACACCAGGUAACGGAUGAGCAAUGGAGAGCUAUGUUCGAUGUUGUCCUGGCGAUAUACGAUUAUCGCGAGCCGGACGGCUAUGACCCCUCACGUCUUUUCCAUCGCAGCGUCAACAAACGCAAUGUGCCGGACUACUACGAUGUCAUCAAAGAGCCCAUGGCCCUCAGUGUGCUGAAGCAAAAGAUUAAGAAUAAAUCAUACUGCAAUUUUGCAGAGUUUAUAAGAGAUUGCGCAUUGAUUCCCCACAACGCGCAAACAUAUAAUCGCCCUAAAUCCCAAGCCUACGAAGAUGCGCUAGUUAUCAAGGACGUCUUUGUUUCUGAAUUUCGAAAACUUGUCGAACAAGGGAUAAUUUCCUCGGAAACAGCCGAACUUCCGGACCUAGGGGAAAUUCCCGACGCAGACCCUCUUCCAGUCGAGGAAGACGAGGAGGAAGAAGAGGAAGACGAUGAGGAAGACGAUGAAGCUGAGGACUCAGAUGAUGAAGCCGGUCGCCGCAGACAAAAACGACCGAACCGUGGGUCUUCCAAAAGAGAAGGCGCUAAAGACGACCAGAAUAAAAUCAACGACCCUGAGUUCCGAAAAAAACGCGGUCGUCCUCCCCGCGUUGAUACCCCGAUGGAAGCGCGGAUCAAGGCUGUCUUGAAGGGAAUACGCAAGUUCAAGGAUUCCACGGGCCAGCUAAAAGUCCGCCAUUUUGAGCGGCUACCCGACAAGGCUGCCUAUCCCGAUUAUUUCUCGGAGAUUAAGGAUCCUAUGGCCAUUGACCUCAUAAAAAGGAAAUCUAAGAGGAAGAAGUACAACUCGGUUGACCAUUUUAUGAAAGAUAUGGACCUUAUGUUCAACAAUGCAAAGGCAUAUAACCAAGUUGAUAGCCAAAUAUACAAGGACGCUGCCGCUUUGCAGACGGAAGCACGGAAAUUAGCUGAUCAAGAGAAGAAGAAACCAGACAGCGAGUAUCUGAUGGAGGAUGGACGACUCCCGUUACCAAAUGGCAUCUUACAUAAAGGUGAACUUUGGAAGGUUGGAGACUGGGUACAUAUUCAAAAUCCGAACGAUGUAACAAAGCCGAUAGUUGCGCAGAUCUACCGGACCUGGCAAGAUGUGGAAGGACAGAAAUGGGUUAAUGCCUGCUGGUACUACCGGCCAGAACAGACCAUUCACCAAUACGAGAAACACUUUUAUCCCAACGAAGUCGUGAAAACCGGCCAAUACCGAGAUCAUCGGAUUGGGGAAGUCGUUGACCGAUGCUUUGUCAUGUUUUUCACCCGCUACAAUCGUGGGAGGCCACGAGGGCUGGCGCCAGACAAACAGGUUUAUGUGUGCGAAGCACGAUACAAUGAGGAGAAACACAAGCUCAACAAGAUCAAAACCUGGGCUAGUUGUCUGCCUGACGAAGUCAGAGAGAAGGAUUACGAGAUGGAUCUUUUUGAUGCGCCUAGGAAAAUCAAAAAGAUACCGAGCCCAAUCAAACAUUUGCUUAAGGAGGAUGCGAAGGAAACAGAUGAUGUACCUAAACCGACGUGGGGUGCAGAGAAUGCGCCACCAAUUGUGGGUGCAGUACACCGCCGACCAAGGGAGGAAAACGUAAUCAUCUUCUACUUCUAUCUCUCAUAUCAAUUCAGGCUCAGCAGGCCAACCAACUCCACAUGCUCCGCCCAAUCCUUCCCUCCUCUAUCAGCCACACCAACAUCAGCCACCCCAGUCUACCCCCCCGGCUACCCAAACCACCGGCCAGGACCCCCAUUCGCAUCUCAGACGCCUCAACCCACCCCAAUUUAUCAACAACCGCCCCCGCCACAACCUUACUCCGCCCCACACAAUUUCCCUUCUUACCAAGCCAGUCGCUAUCAUCCCCAUCCCCCUCACAUCCCUCAAGCCCACCUCCAGCAACAGUCGCAGCUACUACCACAGCCACAAUCACAGCUACAACCAGUCCUUCCACCCAACAUUUACAACCCAAACGCACCUCGACCAGUGGAAACGUUCAUUCUAAGCGAUAAUAUAAACGCGGCUAUACCAGAAGAAAUCCGCCGACAAUUCCACUGUGACGAGAAAGGGCACGUGCUAUUCUUCACGAGCCCGCCGCUAGAUGUCGUACAGCCAGCUGAACAGACGGGGUUGGGACAUUCAUUGCGCUAUCUGGCAGCAAAGGAGGAGAGGGCAAAGAUUAUUGAGAAAAGGAGGAUCGAGAGGGAAGAAAUGGAUAAAGAGAGGGCAAUGAAGCGGCUGAAAACGACUAUGACCACUAUCACUACUACCGACGCAUGUAGUAAUGAUAAUAACGCUACUCUCGCAAAAACAGACGGAAACAUGCUUUGUGAGCUCGCGGUAAUCGCGGCCGUUGCACAGAUGAGGCAGGCUGAUCAGGAUUGGUAUCUAAUGCGUUAUGGAGAGAAUAAUGCUGUGAAGGCUAAAGAGGCAGAUAGGGAGAGGUUCAUGAGGAUCUUGGGCGAGAAAGAGAAGGCGGAUGCAAUGAGGGGGAGCUUGGACGUUAGGGAGCCGGUGGACGUGGUGCCUGUCCUUAGUCUUGCGGCGGGGGAAGGAGGGGCAGUUGUUUAA